UGGAAAGAUGGCGACAGCAUACGCACAAGCGAGAGUCCACUGUGCCGGCGGAUAGAAAGUGAUUUAAAGAGACCGAGAUCCAUCUUUAGUGCAAAGAUCAAUCGGUGCAAAGUGUAUCAGAUACAAAUUAGAGAUGGUGUGGCUCAUGCACGGCUAGGAGCAAGAAGCCACUUGUUUGCUAUGGAGCCUCCAGAUCGCAACAAGCCGAGCAGGCAGGCCAAGCCAGCAGGAGUUUCGUCCCAACAGAACUCUGAGAUUGAUGACUCCUCAGAUUUUCCUAGUGAGGAAGACGAAAGUCUAUAUGGGACAUCUCCUCCUUAUACCCAGCGUCAAAUGAAACGCAUGUUUGGCAAACAAAAGAGUAGCCAGUCCAGGGGUGCUGGGCGAUCUCCAAACAAAGCAGAUGUAAGCCCAUCAAUCCAGGCAGAAAGUCCCAAGCCAGCUGAGAACACUGAGGAGAUCAGCUAUAAGCAGGGUAAAAAGCAGAGGACCACAAUCCGUUCUACAGAGAGAGACCACAAGAAGACCUUCGAUGACUCUUACAUUGUAGAGCCAAUCUCAAAGCCGGGCAAUUUGGGUUCUCUUAGCAUGGGUCCAAGGAAACAUUAUUUGAGCCUCGGCUGCAGCAGUGGCAAGCUGCCUUUGACUAUGCCACAUAUUGCACGGACCCAUCGACAAACCUCCAGGACAGACUGUCCCGCUGAUCGCCUCAAGUUCUUUGAAACUCUACGCCUGCUGCUCAAACUCACAUCUAUGUCCUCUAAGAGGAAGGAAAAGGAGCAGAGGGGCUUGGAGAACAUGGCCUUCAUGGGGCACAACAAUGAGGUCAUUUGGUUGGAGCUGCAGGCAUGGCACGAACGGCGUUCCACUAGUGACCAGGACCUUUUUCUAUUCACUGAACGCAAAGCUAUCCCUGAAAUCAUCAGCAAGGUGCUGCACUUUAAGGUCAACUAUGACAGCCUGAAAGGCGCUCAGUGUUUGGAGUCUCAAAUAACCCAGGGACUCUGUCAGAUUGAGCAGAAAUCAUUUGCUGUAGCAGAGACCAACCACUGUGGAGUAGACACCUGGGGCUUUAGUGCCUGUCCUUCGUCAGCUAUGAAUGCAGCCGAGCCUUUAGGUUCUGGUGCUGAUUGCAGGGAGCACCUUCAACGCCAGCGGCUGGCUUUCGAGCAAGUCAAGAAGGUUAUGGAACUCUUGGAGUCUGUUGAAGCCUUGUACCCGUCGUUACAGGCUCUGCAAAAGGACUAUGAGAAGUAUGCAGCACGAGAUUUCCAAGGCAGAGUGCAGGCGCUCUGUCUGUGGCUCAAUAUUACCCAGGACCUCAAUCAGAAACUGCGAGUUAUGGCCACUGUGUUGGGUCUUCAUGACCUAUCACGUAUUGGGUGGCCCGUUUUCGAGAUACCCUCACCCCGCUGCUCCCGUGGAAAUGAAGAAGAGAACGAGGAAGAUGAGGAGAAUGACUCAACAGCCACUUUUACUGCUGACAGUGAUCCUGAGGACAGGGAUGCAGAGGUGGAGGGGGAGGUCGGACAUCUAGCAGAGGAAGAGCUGUCUCCCAUCCUGACACCCAAAUUUGCCCGACUCCUGUCAGAGGAGGAGUUUCUCCCAGCCGCUGCUUCUGGAAGUGCAGAAGCGGCUGCUGGAGGCGAAGUGUUUUGCCCCACAGCUAUUUACAGACCAUUUGUGGAUAAAGCUCUAAAGCAGAUGGGAUUGCGUAAACUGAUACUUCGGCUGCACAAGCUGAUGGACCGCUCUCUUCAGAGGGCAAGAGCGGCGCUGCUCCGACACACUCCUGCUCUGGAGUUUGCAGACCUCCCAGACCCCAUGCUGUACAGCGAUUACCUGCCGGAGCUGUCUCGCCACAUAUCCUGCACCAAUCCCACUGAUCCGGAGCUGGGAGCUGACCAGGUGUCCUGGGAGGACCUGCGGGACAUGGAUCUCCCAUCCUUCCGACCUGCGUUCCUCGUGCUCUGCAGAGUCCUUCUCAAUGUUAUCCACGAAUGCCUUAAACUGCGACUGGAGCAGAGACCCGCUGGAGACCCCUCCCUGCUCAGUAUAAAGCAACUGGUGCGAGAGUGUAAGGAGGUUCUGAAAGGAGGCCUCCUGAUGAAGCAGUAUUAUCAGUUUAUGCUGCGUGGAGUGGUGAACGAUGCUCAAGGUCUGCAGACAAACGCCAAUAUAGACGACUUUGAAGAAGAUCUACACAAGAUGCUGGUGGUUUAUUUUGAAUAUAUGCGUAGUUGGAUCAGGAUGUUGCAGCAGCUUCCUCAGGCCUCUCACAGCUUAAAGAACCUGUUGGAGGAGGAAUGGCAAUUCACAAAGGUCAUCACUCCUUACAUCCGUGGAGGAGAGGCCCAGUCUGGUGAACUUUUCUGUAACAUUGCUGGGAUGCUGCUGGAAUCCACUGGAGAGUUUCUUGAUGCUGGUUUGGAGAAAAGUGGCAAUGAAUUCUGGGAAAGUGCAGAUGACAGCGCCGCCUCAGAUGAAAUAAGGCGCUCCGUUAUUGAAACCAGUCGCUCUUUAAAAGAGCUGUUCCACGAGGCCAGGGAACGUGCAUCUAAGGCUUUGGGCUUUGCAAAAAUGCUGCGCAAGGAUUUGGAAGUUGCUGCAGAUUUUAGCAUCACUAGCGGGGUGCCUUGUCUCCUGAAGGCACUGAAAAUGAAAAGCUAUGUCAAGGUUCAGAUCCCAGGCUUGGAAGAGCUCCAGGUCUUUGUGCCCUGUAGCUUGAAGAAUCAACGGGCUCUCAUCCUGCAGCUUCUCAAUGCUGCUGCUGGGAAAGAUUGCUCCAAAGAACCUGAUGAAAUGGCUGAAGAUGAUGCCUACCUGCUCAUUAGCAAACACGGAGCGGGGGACUCCACUACAGAGGCUGACUGGGCUCGGUGGGAUGGUGAGGUUCUCCACCUGGUCCCACAGAUCGAAGCUGUGGACACUCUAAGAGCUAUGAAGGUUGAGAACUUGCUCUUGAUUGUGAUGCAAUCGGCUCACCUGGUGGCCCAGCGGAAGGCUUUCCAGCAGUCCAUGGAGGAUGUGCUGACCCUCAGCCGGGAGCAAACAUCAAGCCAGCCUCUUAUUGCCAGCGCUCUGGAGGACCUCAAGAACAAAGCAUUGCAGCUAUGCAUUAAAAUAAGCACAGCCAUCGACCAGGUGGAGUUCAUGUUCACCACAGAGUUUCAGGCAGAGGUGGAGGAAUCUGAGUCAGCCACUCUGCAUCAGUACUACAGGGAAGCAAUGAUCCAGGGCUACAAUUUCGCCUUUGAGUACCACAAGGAGGUGGUCCGCCUGAUGUCAGGCGAGUUCCGACAGAGAAUCGGGGAACGCUACAUAGCUUUUGCACGCAAAUGGAUGACCUAUGUUCUGACCAAAUGUGAGAGCGGGAGGGGCACCAAGCCCAGGUGGGCGACUCAGGGAUUUGACUUUCUUCAAGCGAUUGAACCUGGCUUCAUAUCUGCAUUACCAGAGGAUGACUUCCUGAACCUGCAAGCUUUGAUGAAUGAAUGUAUAGGACAUGUGAUUGGAAAGCCUCAUAGCCCUGUUACUGGCCUGUAUAUCGCACCCAGGAAUAGUCCCCGGCCUGUGAAGGUCCCUGCUCCCGUCCGCUGCCAUAGCGACCCUCCAAACCCCAAUUUGUUUAUCCCUAAUACAGAUGGUUUCAGCUCUCGAAGCCUUCCCUGUGAUCUUCGGAACCAGCUUGUCCCCAAUGGCCCCCGGGCCAUCCUUCAGGGCCCAGGGGACCACAGCCCCAUGAAACCCAGCAGCAGUCCCAGUGAUGUCAGGGUAUCAAGUUUCCAUGAAAACGAUCGACUUUCAACCGUUGCAGCAGAAUUAACGUUCAAAUCACUGAGCCGCCACUCGAGCCCCACUGAAGAAAAAGAAGAACCUACGUAUCCAAAGGCUGAUCCAAACAGCACCGCACCCAGAAGCUGGGAGCUCCGCACCUCAAUCAGCCAAUCCAAAGAUAUGGCAGCCAGGCAGAGCCCGAUGGAGGCCGUCCGUCGCUCCAUACGAAAGUUUGAAGAGAAGCGUUAUGCAAAGAUGAAGCAGCGGAACAUAAUCGGUCAAGUGUGUCAUACGCCGAAGUCUGAUGGCAUGCACGUCGGGCUCAGGAAGGUGACUUUUAAGUGGCAGAGAGGCAACAAGAUAGGUGAAGGUCAGUAUGGAAAAGUCUACACCUGCAUCAAUGUUGACACUGGAGAGCUUAUGGCUAUGAAGGAGAUAAGAUUCCAGCCAAACGAUCACAAAACCAUCAAGGAGACGGCUGAUGAGCUGAAAAUAUUUGAAGGCAUCAAACAUCCAAACCUUGUGAGAUACUUUGGGGUUGAGCUCCAUCGGGAGGAGAUGUACAUCUUCAUGGAGUACUGUGAUGAAGGAACUCUGGAGGAAGUUUCCAGACUUGGGCUCCAGGAACACGUGAUCAGGCUUUACAGUAAACAGAUCACCACGGCCAUCAAUGUUCUCCAUGAGCAUGGCAUUGUUCACCGUGAUAUCAAAGGAGCCAAUAUCUUCCUCACGUCAUCGGGUUUGAUUAAGCUGGGCGACUUUGGCUGCUCGGUCAAGUUAAGGAACAACACUCAUACCAUGCCUGGGGAGGUGAACAGCACACUGGGAACAGCAGCAUACAUGGCACCUGAAGUUAUAACGAGAGCAAAAGGAGAAGGUCAUGGACGAGCAGCAGAUAUCUGGAGUUUGGGCUGUGUCCUGAUUGAGAUGGUGACUGGAAAGAGGCCCUGGCACGAGUAUGAGCACAACUUUCAGAUCAUGUACAAAGUGGGCAUGGGCCACAAACCGCCCAUCCCUGAGAAGCUCAGCACGGAGGGGAAGGACUUCCUUGGUCACUGCUUAGAGAGUGAACCCAAACGUCGCUGGACCGCCAGCAUGCUUCUCGACCACCCGUUUGUCAAGGUUUGCACAGACGAGGAGUGAAUGACACCACCUCUUUUCACGUUUACAAACUAAAGCACUACUGUACAUGCUGUCGGCAAAAAGAAAACCAAACUGUGGACACGAGAUGAAGUUGUGACUCAAGGCACAUGGAGUUAAACUGAGGAACUAACGCAUUAUCAUUUCAGAGGAGAACUGGAUCUAUGAAUUAGUAAAUUGUGUCUUUAUGUAGCCAUGGUUUGGGUGGUGCUGUAUAUACUGUAAGAAUAGGAUUGGCCUUAAUUCAUGUAUAAAAUGCUGUUAAGUUAAAGUAAUUAUUGCCACAAUUGUUUCACCAGUUCAAACACCUCUAUAAAGGCAAUGAGGAAUACUUUGUUUUUUUUAAAUUGGUCGUGGAGGAUCGGGGAGCAUCUAUAGCACUUUUAAACUGUUUAUCCAAGGGGAAAGCUUAGUAGAACAGGAGGGAUCCUAAGUUGGUCAAAAUAAAAUAAAAUGUGGCCACCCUCCGUGAAUAAAAGAAGGCAAUAGUUUCCCUUUAUUAAAAAAAUGCCAUCCAAAUAUUUAAAUAUUUUUAUUAUUCUGAAAGUAUGGGCAAUAAGAAGGAUUAUUUAGUGUGUUUUUCGUUGCCUUUUUGCUGAGGAGAAAUUGUCAAGUUGGAGCAAUGUUCAAGUCUACUGGUCACUGGUGAUGAGCUGCCCAUGUGACUGGGGCAAAGUCAACUUGGAGGACAAAACGGGGCCAGCUAUUCCUCCCUGCUGCUGAACCACACACACACACCCACGCACACACACACACACACACACACACAAACUUGUGGUCCUCUGCUGCUCCUACAGUGUUUGCCAUGUACAAACAAUAUUAAUAAACACAUUAUUAUUGUUUUCGUUUUCAAUUUGUUUGUUUUUUUCCAACUCAGAAUUAAAGUUUGCUGUGAAACUGCUCUGCCAAGACAUUCG